CCACUUCCGGGGGAGCGGCCGGGCGGCGCGGGAGAAGUUGGCUCUGGAGAGUGGUGACUCAGAGGAGACCACAGGCAGCAGGUGGCCGAGGCCAUGGCCUCUGACCUGGACUUCUCACCUCCCGAGGUGCCUGAGCCUACUUUCCUGGAGAACCUGCUGCGGUACGGACUCUUCCUGGGGGCCAUGUUCCAGCUCAUCUGUGUGCUGGCCAUCAUCCUACCUGUUCCCAAGUCCCACGAGGUGGAGGCAGAGCCCUGUGAGCCCAGAAGUGUGGAGGUGACGAGGAAACCCAAGGCUGUUGCUCUUUCUGCCAGCAAGAGGCCCAAGAAGGAGGCCAAGAAGAAGCGGUAGAAGAGGCCUGCAGAGCCAGGCGGCCGGGCGGGGGCCUUUGGGGGCAACGUCCUGUUCCCUCAGUCGUCCCAGGGUCGGGGCUGAAGUGGCUGGGCCGCUCUCUGACCACAGAGGUCUGGACAAUCAUGACAGUCCCCAGGCCCCAGCUGGGCGGCCCACCACUUCCUCUUCCUUCUGCUUCCGGGACCGUGCGGAGCCAAGGGGACUAAGACACCCUGUGUGCAGAGGCUGGGUAAGAAGUCUGUUGGUUCAGAAGUUGGGUCAGCUCAGAAUGACAUUUCCAUACUUCAUCAUUGUGUCCGGCCUUCAGGCCCCCACUUGUGGAUUCACACUACAUUUUAGGGCGCCUGAGUGGCUCAGUUGAUUAAGCGU